GUGGGAGACAAUACUAAUACGGUUGUAAUCUUAGCUGCUGCGUUACUCGAACACGCGGCUCAGCUCAUCAGCAUGGGUCUUACACCACAGGAAGUGGCUUCUGGAUAUGAACAAGCCGCUGAGAAAGCUUUGGAGAUUCUUCCAACUCUUGUUGUCAAAGAAGCGACUGACUUGAGAGAUCUCCCCAUGGUCAAAAAAUUCUUGCGAUCUGCUAUCACUUCGAAACAAUACGAUAAUGAAGAGAUUAUCGCUGAUCUAGUUGCAAAGGCUUGUGUACAAACUGUGCCUAAGAACAGCUUUAACUUCAAUGUUGAUAAUAUCCGAAUCUGCAAGAUCCUUGGAUCUGGAGUGAGCACUUCAAUGGUUAUGAAUGGUAUGGUGUUCAAACGAGGUGCGGAAGGUGAGAUUAAGCAAGCAAAAAAUGCUCGUAUUGCUGUCUACACUUGUCCAUUCGAUCUUACGCAGACCGAAACCAAGGGUACUGUUCUCAUUGAAAAUGCUGAAGAAUUGAUGGGAUUUGCAAAGGGAGAGGAAAACGAAGUUGAAAACCAAGUAAAAGGCCUUGCUGAUAGUGGUGUUCAGGUACUGUUUCGUAAUCUCUAA